GCUUUGCCAUUUUUAGGUACAGAGGCCGAGCUGUCCAGACCGGGUGCUGUGGGCCACAGGAGCAAGAGCCAGGGCUGGAUGUGUCCCUGCUGUUGGCAGUGAGAGAUGGCUGAUUUCUGCAGCAGGCUCUGGGUGCUCCAGCUGAACCUCUGGGCGAUGGCUCUGGUCACAGGUGGGAUCUCAGCAGACAACAGCACCUGGAACAGCACAGCAGACAGCGGGUGCAUCACGGUGAGGCAGUACCCACGCUUUGUGGGGGCCAAGAGGAACACCCCCAUCCAGUUCAUCUGCUACUUCGAGGACCCCCACAGCAUCCAGUGGUACAAGCUGGCAGAGGGCAGCGACGACUUCCACGAGCUGAGUACCAGCACCCCCCGCUACAGCAUCCAGACGACAGAGAACUUCACCAGCUUCACCAUCUCCAGCAUCACCUACGAGGAUAACGGCAUCUACGUCUGUGACAGGAAGAACCUCACAGCGCAGCAGCGGCCGCACGACUGCGGGACACAGCUCAAGGUCCUGAGUCACAGUAACAUCCGGCAGGUGCAGAGCAGGAACACCCUGAAGGACGCCAUCAUCAUCAUCCAGUCCAUCCUGCUUGUCGUCUUCAUCAGUGUCCCCAUACUCCUCUUUCUCAAUAAAGGCGAAGGCAAGGAAAGCCUGGAGGAGGACCACACCUAUGAGGGCCUGGAGGUGGAGCAGAUGGCCACCUACGAGGACAUCACCCCCUUCCGGGAUGUGAAGGCCAAGUGGACAGUUGGGGAGCACCCAGGAGAAGAGUGAGGGGUCCUGCACCCAGCGCCAGCAUCCACAGGGACCGGCCCCAGCUCCUGCCCUGGACCACAGCUUCGAUGGGUGCCUGGAUCCCAGGCUGUGAUCCCUGGUUACAAACCACCUCCGGCAUCCCUGCACAGAGCCCAGGCCCUGCUACACCCCUAAAGCCCCUGUAGAAAUUAGGAGCCACCUGCAAACCCCCCAGUACCAACCUGGCCCCAAGCCCCGGCAGACCCACACCACACAGCACCGAGCUCCUGCAUGGGCAAUGCCACGCAAGCCCCACAGUGGGUGGGGGUCUUCUCCAGCCCCACCACCCCUGGGAAGGACAGGACCAGCCAUGGUCACUGUGUGCUGCAAGGACCCUCCUGGCCUGCGAGACCCCACUGCAGCCCUGGCAGAGGAGCCAAGGUGAGCAGCACCAUGGUGAACAACCCAAGGUGAGCAGCACCAUGGUGAACAGCCCAAGGUGAGCAGCACCAUGGUGAACAGCCCAAGGUGAGCAGCACCAUGGUGAACAGCCCAAGGUGAGCAGCACCAUGUGGAUGAUGGAAGAGGAUUUGGCGCCACCAGUAGCCUUCCAGCCAUGGCUGUACCCAGCAGCUGUCGGAGGUAGAGGAUCCUCCAAACCCACUUCAUUUUCCUCAAAGAUGACAGGAAAAGCUGGGGACGCAGCUCUCAAGAGCUGGCCCGUGCCAUGAAGAUGUCCCUGCACUGAGGGACCCGUGCAACCUCAGAACGGAUGGGACAGAUGUGCACUGUGGGACACAACUGCCCAACUGCUUUUUGAGUCCUAAUAAAGGUCAUGGGUAAAUUCCCAUCCUGCUCCCUC